AUGGUCGCCAACUCCGUCUCCGCCGCCGCGUCCGGCUCGGCUCCUCAGCCGCUCGAGAAGAAGCCCAUCAAGUUUUCCAACUUGCUCUUGGGCGCCGGUCUCAACAUGUUCGAGGUCACCACCUUGGGUCAGCCCCUCGAGGUCGUCAAGACUACCAUGGCUGCCCACCGUGGCGAUGGAUUCAUGACUGCUCUUGGGCGCAUCUGGGCCCGAGGCGGCGUUCUGGGAUUCUACCAAGGUCUCAUUCCUUGGGCCUGGAUCGAAGCCUCGACCAAGGGAGCAGUGCUCCUUUUCGUCGCCUCCGAAGCUGAAUACUAUGCCCGAUCCUUCGGUGCCUCGGAGUUCGGGGGUGGCAUCGUCGGUGGUGUCACCGGAGGUGUCGCUCAGGCCUACGCCACCAUGGGCUUCUGCACCUGCAUGAAGACGACCUUUAUGGGCAUCUGGCGCGCCGAGGGUAUUCGGGGUAUCAACAAGGGUGUCAACGCCGUUGCUAUCCGUCAGAUGACCAACUGGGGCUCCCGCUUCGGUUUCUCCCGUCUCGCCGAGCAGGGCAUUCGCAACCUGACCGGCAAGGACGACAAGGAGAAGCUGGCCGCCUGGGAGAAGAUUGCCGCCUCCACCGUCGGUGGUGGUCUGAGCACCUGGAACCAGCCCAUCGAGGUCAUUCGCGUCGAGAUGCAGAGCAAGACCGACGACCCCAACCGCCCCAAGAAGAUGACUGUGGGCAACACUUUCAGGUAUAUUUAUCAGAACAACGGUAUCAAGGGUCUGUACCGCGGCGUUACCCCCGCAUCGGACUCGGCAUCUGGCAGACCGGCCAAGAGCUACAUAGAGGGAUUGACCGGCGAGAAGGUCACGGCUAAGCAUUAA